AUGAGUCUGUUCUUUCUUUCCAGCUUCAAAAAACCUCAGAAUUUUAUCCUUUUGCACACAUCACACGCAACACAUCUUUCUAUUCUCGUCGUCAUGUUCGCCGCCUCGCAUCAAAAUCAACACGUCUUCAACACCGUUCGUACUACGAGUAAAACGACAUCUACUAUCAGAGGAGGAGGAAGAAGACCACCGACGAUGAAAAUUAAAGCCGCAGGUGGUGCUGCGGUGAUGGACGACACCGGGGAAGUGACCAUUCGCCGAAGACCACCGGCGGGCCAUAAGGAACAUCUCGGCAUGGGUUCCGAACGCUUCGCGUUUAAGAUGGAAGCGGUAACACCGGAAGGCGAACGAAUCGAUAACGAGGAGAAUAAACCGAGGAAUAUUCUGGAAGAAAUCGUCUGGUAUAAAGAUUACGAGUUGACGUUGAUGAAGGAAAAAAUGCCGCUGAGUUUAGUCAGAGGACAAGUGAAGUUAGCGCCUCCGGUGUUGGAUUUUAAACAAGCGAUUAUAGAUCAAAUGGAAAAAACAGGACAACCAGGGUUAAUCGCAGAGGUGAAGAAAGCGUCGCCGUCGAAAGGGGUGAUUCAACCGAACUUCGAUCCGGUGAAAAUCGCCAAAGCGUACGAGGAAGGCGGCGCGGCGUGUUUGAGCGUUUUGACGGACGAGAAAUUUUUCCAAGGCGGGUUUGAGAAUUUAAAGUUGAUUAAAGAAGCUGGGGUCACGUGUCCGCUCUUGUGUAAGGAGUUCAUCGUGGACGCGUAUCAAAUUUAUUUGGCGAGAGCGAGAGGCGCGGAUGCGAUUUUGUUGAUCACCGCGGUUUUGGAUAACCAAGAUUUGAAGUAUUUCACGAAAAUCGCGCACUCGGUCGGGAUGAAAGUCUUGUUGGAAGUGCACACGUACGGCGAAAUGAAACGGGUCUUGUCCGGAGACUUUGAAAUCGACUUAUUAGGCAUCAACAACCGCGAUUUAGGAACGUUCAAAGUCGAUUUAAACGUCACGGUAGAGUUAAUGGCGACGGAGUUAGGCAAGGAAGUGAAGGAGAGAAACAUCGUCAUGGUUGGCGAAUCCGGUAUUUUCACCAUCGACGACGUCAACGUGGUGCAAAACGCCGGGUGUGGCGCGAUCUUAGUCGGAGAGUCGUUGGUAAAGCAAGAUACCCCGGACGUUGGCAUUAAAAAGUUGUUCGGGAGACCGUUGUAA